AUGAUUCGACAACUUCAGGUAGCUUUCGGCUUGUUUAUUUGCUGUGCAUUUCUUCUGCAUGUUGCACUGUGCAUUCCACCUGGACAAGUUGUGAACAUUAACAAUUGGUAUCUUACCCUUCCAAUAGGAAGCUAUAAGAAUCCACAAAACAUCUACCAGCCGAAUCUAAACACAUUCGAAAGUGAUCCGUAUUUUGUUACUGGAAACGAUGGAAACAGCAUUAGAUUUAGAGUUCCAAUCCAUAAACAAACUGUUACAACAUCUGGAAGUAGUUAUCCAAGAACUGAGUUGAGAGAAAUGGAUUCGUCUAAUCCUUCCAAGACGAAAGUUGCUUGGACGAAUUCAGAUAAAGGAGUUCAUACCAUGAUUAUUGAUCAGGCAAUCACUCACCUCCCAAUCAAGAGAAAUCGACUUGCGGCAGGUCAAAUCCACGAUGACAAUGAAUUUGUCAUUAUUAUUCAAUUGACAGGAAGUCAACUUUUUGUAAAAACAAAUAAGAAUGCAAAUGCCAAAGUUUUAGAUAGUAACUAUCAAUUAGGCACUAGAUUCCUCUUGAAAAUCGAAGGAUUUGGUGGAAUUACCAAUAUUUAUUAUAAUGACAUGACGAAAGCUGCCUAUUCCUAUGAAUAUUCGUAUAAGAAUGCCUAUUUCAAAGCAGGAUGUUAUUCGCAAUCAAAUUGUGAUUAUGAACAAGAAUUGUGUACAGACACUUCGUUUGUUGAGAUUGUUUAUGGAAAUAUUUAA